UCACAAGAAAAAGUAUUAAUUUCAGUGUGCAAGUAUUUAUGAUCGGUAUUCAUAGUCAGGUCUUAUAUUUAAGGCCGUCUUAAGUUCAUCUUCAGAUACUCCAUAGCUAAUGAAAUGAUACGUACAGCAUUUAAAGAUGAAGUUUAUGAGGCUCAGUGAAGAGUAUAACAAGAUAAAACUAUGUUUUGUUGAUAUAUUUUUUGAUUUCUAUUUAAAUUAGUCCUGUAAAACAUGUAAAUAUUAGUAAUUAUUAACAGAGUCCAAUUAGGUUAUGGAUUCAUCUCUCUCCUUAACGUUACGACAGGCUAUGUUUGGUUAUAUAGUCUAUGAUCAAAGAUAAGUUGUAUACUGAGUUCAUAUGAUACGUUGGACCUUGCCUGCAAAGUGGGGAUUGAGUUCAAAGUACCAUUAUAUUACGACAUUAUUUUUUAAAUAUUUAUACAAUCGAAAAAAUUCGUUACAUUCUUCACAAACCUUGUGGUAAAGCACUCGAUAGUGAUCAACGUGUAAAACUUUUAAUACGCUAACAUAUUUCAAAGUAGAAAUAGAAGAAUGAUUAAUACAGGAAAGCUAGCUGGUCGCACUAUUUUUAUUACCGGUGCAUCUAGAGGGAUUGGGAAAAGUAUAGCGUUAAAAGCAGCAAAAGAUGGUGCAAAUAUUAUUAUUGCUGCCAAAACUGCUGAGCAACACCCAAAGCUUCCGGGUACCAUUUAUACAGCAGCCAGUGAAAUUGAAGCAGCUGGUGGUAAGGCUUUGCCUUGCAUCGUAGACGUGCGCGAUGAGACACAGGUGCUUAAUGCAGUGAAAAGCGCAGUUGAGAAGUUUGGUGGUAUAGAUAUCCUUGUAAACAAUGCGAGCGCUAUUUCUCUAACAGGUACUGUUGCCACUGAUAUGAAAAGAUAUGAUUUGAUGAAUAAUAUCAACACUAGGGGAACAUUUCUUGUAUCAAAAGCCUGCAUACCAUAUUUGAUGAAAAGCCCAAAUCCGCAUAUAGUCAAUAUAAGUCCUCCACUGAGCAUGAAGCCGUUUUGGUUUAAAAAUCACGUUGCAUACACAAUAGCUAAAUAUGGAAUGUCUAUGUGCGUUCUUGGAAUGGCAGAAGAACUUAAAUCAAACGGAAUCGCAGUAAAUGCUGUCUGGCCAAAGACAGCUAUUCAUACCGCUGCAAUCGAGAUGUUAUCAGGUGCAGAGUCGAGUAAUUUCAGCCGUAAACCUGAGAUCAUGGCAGAUGCUGUUUAUGCAUUGCUCUGCAAAGACAGCAAAACCGUUACUGGACAAUUUUUAAUUGACGAAAAUAUAUUGAGAGACGAGGGUAUUGUAGAUUUGACAGACUAUGCUUGUAAUCCAGAAAACAAGGAUAAUUUAAUGCCGGACUUUUUCGUAGAAGAAAAUCUGGAGAGUAUCCAAGAAUAUGCAUCUGAUAAACCGCAAAUCGCCAAAAAAACGAGCACUAGUGAAAGUGGAAAAGUAGAACGUAUAUUUAGUGCUAUUAACGCUAAUUUGAGUAGUGAUUUGGUUAGCAAAACUGGCGCUAUAUAUCAAUUCAAUGUUAAAGGAGAUGAAGCUGGCGUAUGGUUCAUUGAUUUAAAAAACGGUCAAGGUGCUACUGGAAAAGGAGAGCCAAGUCAGCCAGCAGAUGCUACACUCACAAUGGAUUCACAGAGUUUCUUUGCCAUGUUUACAGGUAAACUAAAACCUACGGCCGCUUUUAUGACAGGUAAGUUGAAAAUUAGCGGAAAUUUACAGAAAGCAAUGAAACUGGAAAAACUAAUGACCAGUCUGAAGUCUAAACUAUAA